UGCUCCCGCCGCCUUCACCCGGGCCUACGACAAGUAUCCCAUCCCGGACAUGCGCGAGGUUUGUCCGGGCGUGCUCCCAUCCGGCCAGUUGACCGAGAACCACCCGCUCGUGAACGCCUACAUCGACGCCCUCGCCCGCCUGAUCCCCCGUGAGCCCAAGCCUAAACCUCUUGCCGCCUCCUCCGCAUCCAGCCCCGCCUCAACUGCCGCACCGCUCUCUCAACCCGACGCCACGGCGCUUCCGCAGCACAAGCCCUUUGAGCUCACCUACUGGGUUGCGCACCACGCCGGCAUCGCGUCGACGCUGACCGUCAACAACGUCAUCAGCCAGCAGUUCCAGCUCUUCCCGUCCCCCGCCGCUCGGCUGUAUGCCGCGGAGGUUCCGAAGCUCUCGCAGGCGCAGAAGGAGGCGAUCUUCACGCUCGCCGCGCUCAAGGUCAUGAACCACCCAAGGCACCCGGCCCACUUCGCGUUCUGGGGCAAGAACAUCCUCGAGCGAACGGCGCAGGUCGUCGACUCCGUCGUCCGACUGCGUCCGUGCCCGAUCGUAUCUAACGUCGGCUGGAUGGGCAUCCCAGAGAACACCUGGGCCCUCGGAGGCCUCCAGUCUCUCUACAUCCCAGCCCAAGUCGUGCCCCAGAAGAAGGCCGGUGGCAUGACCCUCCGGAAGCGCAAGGCCAUCGGAGCGAACGCCGAAGACGAAGUCGACGGUACCGUCGCCCCGCGCAAGCGUACCCGCACCACGCGCGCGUCCCAGAAGGCCAAGGCUGCGCAGACCGCCCUCGUUGCUGCAGAGGUUGCAUCGGCAGAGCCAGAGGCAGCCGACGAGGAGUCGGAGUCGCUGCUCUUCCCCUCCGGCGUCGGGGCGCCAGACGCCACCGAAUUGGACGCGCUCGCCGCAGCUGUCAGUCGAGACGUGAAACAGGAGUUCAUCGCCACGACGCCCGUCCUCCAGGCGAUCGGCCUGAUGCUCGAGCUGCCCUCGAUAUCGUCGUGCGAGCUCCCGCCCCCGGCUCUCCCUGGCUCUGCGUCCCCUGGCUCUGAACCUGCCGAGUCGCCGCAUGCCACCCGCCGCUCGACGCGUGCGCGCAGGAAGCCCGCGCCGCCCGGCCCCUGCUCGCUCGUCUCGACACCGCUGUCGACUGUCGACACGCCCUUGCCCUCGACGGAGACGCUCCGCUCGCAUUCGCAGAUCCCCGAGAAGAAGUCCAGGAACCGCUCUGGCUCGCGCGGGAGCAGCACAGCCGUCAGCGACGGCGGAUACCCGAGCGAGGAGGGCACGGUCGUCGGCGCCGAAAUUGAGGAGGUCCCAGCCAAGCCUAGCCACAAGCGCAAGGCCGUCGACGAGAUCGUCCUCGUGGGCGAGGAGGACUCCGAGGCGCGCGUUGAGCCCGUGAAGGCGUCCAAGCGCAAGGCGAAGAAGCCGCGCGCACCGAAGCGGGCGAAGGUCGAGGAGCCCCCUGCGGUGCUGGAGAUCGUGGAGAACGUGCCCGCCGGAGAGGUCGCGGCUGCGAAGAAGCGGAAGAGCGCGGCGGGAGGCGGUGGGAAGCGCAAGGCCACGCGGAAAGCGUGAGUUUGCGGUCUUCCUCGCCUGCGCCGCCACGCGUGGUCCCUGUCUGUCUCCGCCUCCGCCUCCGUCGUCUGGUGCUCUGUGGUCGCGUGGGCACCUCGUAACUGCGGCUCUGAACUGGUGUCUUUGGCCCGCAGCUCUCGACCACAUUCAAUUGGGUCCCAUGUGCCUCCGUUCGAUUUGUCCGGUGGAAUCCUUCUGUACGCGUAUACGAUCUAUUUAUCUUAUUCGUCUAUAUCCACUUGAUUUUUAUUCCUCAUGCUUAUCCGCGCCUUCCGCGUGCGUGCUCUUCCCGUUCUCCCCGUUGUUGUUCAGUCUUGCUACCUGCGUGCUAUUUGCUUUUCGCUGUGAUUACCCGUUCCCCUGCCCGGACGUUCUGCUUCUCGCGUUUCUCUUCGCUUUUGCUCUUUCGGGCAUGUCGCUCUCGGUCGUGCAUAUACAUCGCGUUGCUCCAACACCGUCUCCCACGUUUGUGACAUCAUCGGUCUCCCAUCCCUGUAUCUGCAUCUCGCGAUCGUCGCUCUCAUCUCCCCCUCGUCUCCGUCUCCUUCGCAACUCAUCUCGUUCGAUUCACUGCCCCAUCCGACACAGGAUUGUACUAUAUACCUGCCCUGCACAUAUC